AUGAAAUUGAGUGAUGGAAGGGGAGAUUUGGUCUCAUUUUCUUCAUUAGCACAACCGUGUGAAGCUGGAGUGGUGCUUGCCGCUCUCGCCGUAUCUCUGGCACCCUUCUCAGCCGGUCUUGGCAAAGGAUACAGUUCUCCAGCUAUUGCUUCUCUUCAGGGAUCAGGUGCCAACGCGACUAGAAGAGACUUCCACCUGACAGACCAGCAGGCUUCUUGGCUCGCCUCGUUAUCAUUUCUUGGAGCGCUAUUCGGUGGUAUGGCAGGCGGAGCAGCGAUGCGUCACGGGCGACGACGGGUGCUUUCCCUAGCUGCUGCGCCCUGCAGCCUAUCCUGGCUGCUCACAACUGUGGCAACUUCAGUCAGGAUGAUGUGUAUCACUGCCUUUUUAGGAGGGUUCUGCUGUUCUAUACUUACGAUGCUAUCACAGGUUUACAUCAGUGAGAUAUCAGUACCUGAUAUCCGCGGAUGCCUCAGCGCAGUGCUCAAAAUAGUCGGUCACCUCGGAGUUCUCUUCAGUUUUACAAUCGGAGCCUAUCUUGAUUGGCAACAGCUGGCACUCUGCAUAUCUGCUGCUCCAUUACUCUUAUUCUGCACGGUACUGUACAUACCAGAAACACCAAGCUACCUUGUGUUGGCUGGCAGAGAUGAAGAAGCAUACAAAAGUCUUUUAUGGUUAAGAGGCCCAAAUUCCGACGUAGCUCAAGAGUUGGCAACGAUACGUACUAAUGUUCUAGCAAGUAAAAACUUCAGCCAAAGGCAAAGUCAAAUGUCUGGUAGCCAGCUCAUCAACUCCUUGGAUGUCAGGACCAUGAAUAGGUUGCUAGGACCAAUCCUAGUGACGUGUGGUCUAAUGAUGUUUCAACGAUUUUCUGGUGCUCAUGCGUUCUCGUUUUAUGCUGUCCCGAUAUUUCGAAAGACUUUCGGAGGUAUGAAUCCUCAUGGAGCUGCAAUUGCGGUGUCUUUUGUCCAACUGCUUGCGUCUUGUCUUUCUGGCUUAUUAAUUGACACAGUAGGCCGUCUUCCUCUACUGAUAGUCAGUUCGGUACUGAUGUCAAUGGCAUUAGCUGGAUUUGGGAGUUAUGCUUAUUAUGAGGAAGUACAUCGUAAUCAGAGAAUUCAAAACGUAAUGUUUCAUCAAACAAUCGGUCAAAACGACUGGAUUCCAUUACUCUGUGUCUUGGUGUUUACCAUAGCUUUCUCGCUAGGUAUGAGUCCAAUAUCGUGGCUGCUUAUUGGAGAAUUGUUCCCUUUGGAAUACAGAGCAUUUGGCAGUGCAAUGGCGACUGCGUUUAGUUACCUUUGCGCAUUUGUGGGUGUCAAAACAUUUGUCGAUUUCCAGCAGACUUUGGGGUUACAUGGGGCAUUUUGGUUGUACGCUUCUAUAAGUGUUGGAGGUCUCUGUUUCGUGGUGUGCUGUGUACCGGAAACAAAAGGUAAAGAUUUAGAUGAAAUGGAUCCAAAUUACGUUCAAAGUCUAUCGCCUAAGAGGUAA